ACUCCACUCUGUAUUCUCUACAUUACCGACCAAGAGAGAGAAAUUAGAAAGAGACAUUUGCUGGAUAAGCAAAGCAACUCCAGAGAAUUUCAGGAGAGAGAAACAACUACACUGCUCUCUCUCUCUUUCUUUCCCUCUGUGGCAGACAAAAUCCCCUUUUGUUUGCCAAUAAUGCAGCAGACCAAAACAGUUCAAGUUAGCAAUUUAUCAGAUCUAGCUACUGAAAGGGAAGUUCAUGAUUUUUUCUCCUUUUCUGGUGAUAUUGACCACAUUGAGAUUCGCCGUGAAUCAAGUAACUCAAAGAAGGCGUUUGUUACAUUUAGAGAAGAGAAAGCUCUUGAAAUUGCCUUGCUGCUUUCGGGAGCAACUUUAGUUGACCGCAUUGUCACUAUAUCUCUUGCUGAAAAUUAUGUAGUAAACUCAGAGAUGGAAGUGAGAGUAGUCGAUAAUGCCGUAAGCACAGCUCAUGUUGAAGAUAUAUCCUCAAAUGUUGAGGGUAAACCUGGCUUGACUAAUGGUAGAUCGUAUGUUAAUAAAGCUCAAGAAGUUGUUUCCAAUAUGAUAGCAAAAGGUUCUGCUAUUCGGCAAGAUGCUGUGAACAAGGCUAAAGCAUUUGAUGAGAAGCACCGUUUGACAGCUAAUGCAUCUGCCAAGGUCAGUUCCUUUGACAAAAGAGUCGGGAUCACUGAGAAGCUUACCGUUGGGAUUUCCGUUGUUAAUGAGAAAGUCAAGUCUGUGGACCAAAGGCUCCAGGUUUCUGACAAAACAAUGGCAGCGUUGUUUGCUGCAGAGAGGAAAUUAAGUGAUACAGGAUCAGCUGUCAAGUCAAGCCGGUAUGUUACUGCUGGAGCAGCAUGGUUGAAUGGUGCUUUUACCAAAGUUGCAAAAGUCGGUAAUGUUGCUGGUACGAAAACUAGACAAAAAUUCCACACAGCAAUGUCAAAUCUUACUGCAAAGGAUCCAAUAGCUGCAUAGCCCGAAAUUAUCUUCUAGACUACUUGUUAAAUGAAGCAUCAAGUUCGUUGCAUGAUUGGCUCGUUCCCACUCCAUCAAAUUCAAUGUGAGAUGUAAUCUUCAUGCUUGAAGUUUAUGCUGAAGUUUAUGUCAUCUUCAUUUGUAAUCUCGAGGUUGAAGUAUUGGGAGUAAGUCGGCCUGUGAUUUGUUUUGUAGAACCCUAAGUUUUGAUUUGAGAAAUAUCCCUGCAAUUCUUUUACCCACCACAACCCCAUUACUUAAAAGUUCAAUGGUAUUGUAUGUUGCCUUUGUGUAUAAUCUCUUACCGUCGUCGAUCACCCAUUCAUUGUUUAUGACUUUGCACCACUUUUCCA